UUUGUUUUGGGCAUUGAUUGAUGCAAGAAAUUGAUAAAAUAGGCGCUGAAUGUCCUUUGCUUUAAUCCUUUGGGAAGAAAGGCGAUCCUGGGGCGGCUCGGCGAAUGAUUGUUGGCCGGUGGCUUGCUGUGCUACCUCGAAGAAUGCCGUUCUACGCGGUAGCCAAGGGUCGUGCGGUGGGCAUAUACAACACUUGGCCGGAAUGCGAGGCGCAGGUCAAAGGAUUCACGGGCGCCCGGUAUAAAAAGUUCGCGACGCAAACUGAGGCCAAAGAGUUUGUUCAAGGAGGCGGAUCUGUGCGGCAGUUUACUACAUCGAGCACAAAGCGAAGUUUGCCACCGAUCGAGGAUCGCGGAACCGCUGCUGAUCAACCGUUGAGCAAAAAACAGAGGAAAGCGAUCGUUCGUGAGUCCAAACCAAAGCCGGUGCUUAAGAUGGCCAGGUACGGCAAGCACUCCUUCCAGCAGGAUCAGGAUGGCUAUGUGCACGUGUACACCGACGGUUCGUGUGAGGGCAAUGGAAAGCCGAAUGCGGCCGCCGGUUUGGGCGUUUACUUUGACGAGGGUCACGCGCUAAACACCUCAAAACCGGUCAGCGGACGGGCGACUAACAAUUGCGGCGAAAUUCAGGCCGCUUCGACGGCUAUUCGUCUGGCCCGGGAGCAAGGCGUGGAACGGCUAGCUAUCAACACGGAUUCCAAGUUCUUGAUCGAUGCCACCACGCAAUGGAUGCCGGGCUGGAAGAACCGCGAUUGGACGUUGGCCAGCGGAGGACCGGUAAAGAACAAGGCUGACUUCAUGGAGCUGGAUCGCGAGAUGAACACCGGCAACAUGUCGAUCAAGUGGAACCACGUCGAUGCGCACAGUGGUAUCGUGGGUAACGAACGAGCCGAUCAAUUGGCCCGCAAGGGAUCGGAAAUGUAUCGAGAGGAGCGCCGGAACACCGGCAACCGCCGUUGAUUUUCGUCCAUUUUGAUGAAUAAAGAGAUGGGAGAGAUUGAGA